CUGGAGGAUACAGUCGGCGAGAUCGGAUGAAUGAGGCCGUGUGCGGGUUGGUGGGGGUGCUCAUGGGAUGACGAAAAGCCCGACGUAUGCAAUCAUUGAGGCGUGUAUUUCAAAGCAAUAGGCAUUCUCUAGAACCGUGGCGGGACAGCCCCCAACACCUGACAAACAGGAUAUAAAAACCUCGAGGUCCUUCAGCACCCGACUGCAAACUGAUCAGUCUAGAUCCACAGAUUUCGUCGACUCAAGGCAUAUCGAUAUCGCUAUAUUGUGCACCACUGUCGAAUAACCAAAACCACUCGGUGAUUCACUCCUAUAUCGCUCAACCCCUCUUAUCCUCGUUUUUGUCACCCGCUCACCAACCAAGGCCCCUUCACCAUGACUGUUAAUCACUCAUUCCAGACGCUGUUCGCUGUGCCUAUGAAAUGUGACAGCUGCGUCAAGGAUGUUUCAGAGGCGGUACACAAGCUUAGCGGCAUCACCAAGGUAGAGGCUAGCCUGGCAGACCAGCUGGUCGUGAUCGAAGGGACAGCGCCACCAUCGGCCAUCGUGGACGCCAUCCAGGCUACUGGCAGGGACGCCAUCCUACGCGGGUCGGGAUCGUCGGAUAGUGCCGCUGUCAGUAUCCUCGAGACAUACCAGCACCUGAACCUGAAUGAAACGCCCGAGGAGAGACACAAGCGGGAGAGGGAGGUCAGGGGCUUGGCGCGGAUGGUCCAGGUGUCCCCGGCGGUGACGCUGGUCGACCUGACAGUCCGAGGCGUCUCCCCGGGCCAGUAUCGAGUGACUGUGCGCGAGUAUGGCGACCUGAAGGACGGUGCACUAUCCGCCGGGCCCAUCUGGUCCGGGGCCGGGGCCGCCCCCGGGCCCUCGCCGGAGGGCCCUGCCAGCAUACCCAGGGGUGUCCUCGGGGUGGUGCAGGUGGACAAGAGCGGCCGCGGCAGCGCCUACCUGGAGAGCGGGUUCCAGGUCUGGGAGGUCAUUGGCCACGCCAUGAUGGUGUGCCCCCUGGAUGAGACGACGGGCGAGAGGCCCAAGAAUAACGCGGACACUGUGGUUGGUGUCAUUGCCCGGAGCGCUGGCAUGUGGGGUAACGACAAGGCCGUCUGCGCCUGCUCAGGCAAAACGAUAUGGGAGGAGCGGACGGACGAGGUGCAAAAGGGCAUGUUCUAGCCGACGACGUCCCCCAGGGAGACGACCGCAAGGGCCACCUGAUGUCCAUCUGCCCGGUGGCUGACGUUCCUUGUGGGCGCGCGCGGCGCCUUGUCCCGGCUACGAGGGAGGGGAUGCUCGGGCCACGAGUCAUCCAAACACCCAAAAGGCGCAGGAUAAUAAUAACACACAGACACACAAACAGAAAAAGAAUGGCAAAGAAGAAAUCCGCCAUUCUGGCUAUUUUGAUGCUGAUCCCUCUACAGACAAGAAACAACCCGCUCUGUCCCACCAUUCGCAGACCGGAAGGCAAGCGGCAGUGACGGACAGCAAGGGACUUGAGACGAAGUCCCUGUCCACACCUGCCUGCUGGCUGGGGCGGCGGCGGCGGGGUGGAGAUGGGUCAAUGCUUGGGUAGCAGCGCGCGCCAGCAUGAUGGGCGAGCCAAGGGGGGGACCCAGUCGGGAAGGACGCUGAUCGCGCAUUGAGUUUGGUCUGAAGAGGCUACGACUUGGGUGCCGGCGUGGUAAGAUCUACGAUAGGAGGAGGGCAGGGGUGUGGGGGAGAAGGAUCGAGUCCGGGAAUAAGAUUAAGGGAGCCGAAAGAAAGAGAGAAAAAAAAAGGAAGAAUAUCGUAAAGGCGAAAGACAGCUCUGGAUCGCCUCGAGCCCAUCCGGACAUGGGCCCUGGAUCGAAGGAGCCGCACACGGGCAUGGGCAAGGAUGGAAGAAUCUCGGUUGGAGAGCCAAGGCUGAAGCAAAACGAUGGCCCAUUGGUUUUUACCAGUUUCUUCUUUGCUCCAUUCUUUCUUUUUUCCCCGAUGCAGCUUGUUUUGUGUGCUUUUGCCGCUGUUUGUCAGUGGUGUUUUGGAACUUGGGUUUCCUGGGUGACAAAGUUGUACGGCUGAUAUUUUUGUUCCUUUUUUCUUUCUUUCCUUUUUUACUCUUCUCUUUCUCCUUUCCUACUAGUCCUCGCUUAAACAGUAACCUUAUUCUUAUCGAGCAGCCCCUGAUUGACCCCCCCUCGGUUGCUCCAG